AAAAUUACGAGAGAAAACGUUUUUACUACAUUUUGCCCUUCUGCCCCGCCAUAGCGUUACGUAACUGCGCAUGCGCACAAACCAUUUGCCUGACAUUGAGAACAGAAUUGGAUUUCCUCAUACUUUGAAUUGUAAUUUAAACAGAUCCAUCAUGCUCAGUGGGAAGCGCAUCGCUGAUGCGGGUUAUAAGCUCUUCUCGGGCUCCAUGAUGCUGUUGACGGUGUACGGCGGAUACCUGUGCGUCCUGCGGGCUCAGCGAUACAUGCAGAGACAGAAACAGCUGGAGCUGGCGGCACAGAAUGAGAGCGCGGCUUCAGAAACUAUUAAAGACUGAAGACACGGGCUGUAAAUAAUCAGUUAACCUGACACUGAUCAUGCCACACGGGUGGGACAGUAUGUGGCCCAGCAGAUUGUCAGCAGAAACCCACCUGCGUUCGUGACCCUCGAAGGGUUCAUUUGCCUUUUUGUGGAGUUCAGUGAGAUCUUAUGUGUUGUAAUAUAU